CAUUCUUUUGCAGGUACUACGUUGUUUUCAAGAUUAUUAUUCAACAUACUUGUACGUUGGCAUUCUUUUUAAUCAUAAAAAAAUAUUUUGCCGCCUGCUUAACCGAACCAAUAGUCCUAUAUUUCCAUUAAAAAUUUGUUGAAGUCAAAUGAACAUUUUGUGUAAUUCUCUUUCGAACACGAUAAUUAUACUCACUAAACAAAAAGUAAAACACACUGCAAUAUGUUUCUUGAAAACCAACUUCAAUAAACAUUCAACAAAUUUGAAUAUUCUUGCAAAAAAUUCAUCAUUUGUAGCUGAAAAAGAGGACUUUUAAGCUGACCAAGAUAAGUUUCUUGAUUUUUCUAUGGAUAAAUAUGGUUCUUUGUGCUUUUAGAAAAAGUUUUUGAAUUUUUCUUUUUCAUGGGGUUGAAAAAAGAGGAUAUUUAAGCUGACACAGCUAAGUUUCUUGAUUUUUCUAUGGAUAAAUAUGGUUCUUUGUGCUUUUAGAAAAAGUUUUUGAAUUUUUCUUUUUCAGGGGUUGAAAAAAAGAGGAUUUUUAAACUGACCAAGAUUAGUUUCUUGAUUUUUCUGUUGAUAAAUAUGGCUUUUGGUGAUUUUAGAAAAAGUUUUAAAUUUUUUUAAAUUGUGGGUUUUUUCUGAGACCCUUUUGAUUUCUCUGUGGAUAAAUAUGGGGUUUUGUGCUUUUAGAAAAAGUUUUAAACUUUUUAAAUUGUGGGGUUAUCUCAGACCCUUCUCUGUAUUGUUGAUUGUAGUUGUAAUGGUUGGUUUGUUACUAAUUAUACAAACAAAAAUGAAAACUUUCAUUCAUAAAGAUGGAGUUUUUGUUCAGUUUGAUGUUCAAGAGAAAGUGGGAAUCAAGAAUGUUGAAAUAAUGAAGCUGCAAAACAGGUCUAAUAAAGGUGAAAUUGAUGAAAUUUCUGUUCAGUUUGAUGAACAAAUUAAAGUGGGAGUUAAGAAUCUUGAGCCAAUUAAGCUGCAAAAUAGGUCUAAUAAAGGUGAAAUUUUGUCACUUAGUAAUAGUCCUUAUCAUAAUUGGGUGUUAUUUGCUACUGAUUAUGAAGAAAUGAUGAAAACCCUAAAGAUAUUUGUGUAUCCUGAUGCUUUUAUGAGUAACAAGUCUUCACCUUUUUCUGGUAUUUUUCUUCCCCUUACAAACCCCUUUAAUCCAAAAUUAGGAAAUUACUUUAGUGAGCAUAUGUUCAAGAUUGCUCUUUUGGGUAGUUCCUUUGUUACAAAGAAUCCAAAAGAGGCUCAUUUUUACUAUAUGCCCUUUUCGAUCAACGUUAUGCGAAAUCACCCUAAUGUGCAUUCUGCUUCCGCGAUCAAAGAUUUUGUUGCUGGAUAUACUGAUAGAGUUAGGUCAGAGUUUAUGUUUUGGAAUGCAUCUGGUGGUGCUGAUCAUUUUUAUGUGUACUGUCAUUCUAUCGGUCGAGACGCUGCCUCUAAGCAGCAAGAAUUGCAUCAUAACGCGAUUCAGGUUACGUGCUCAUCUAACUAUUUUCAGAGGCUAUACAUUGCUCACAGAGAUAUUGGUUUGCCCCAAGUUUGGCCUCGCCAACAUGAGGAAGCGUUGAAUCCUCCGGAUGCGAGAUACAAGCUUGCUUUCUUUGCUGGUCGUGUCCAAAAUUCUCUUGUAAGACAAAAUUUAUUGGAUCUAUGGAAGAAUGAUAGCUCCUUCGAUAUAUUCUCCGGGAGUUCAUCUUUCCCUUACAAGGAAGGAUUUCGGAGAAGUAAAUACUGUCUCCACGUCAAAGGUUACGAGGUGAAUACAGCUAGAGUCAGCGAUGCUAUUCAGCAUGGCUGCGUUCCUGUACUAAUUUCGAACUACUAUGAUCUUCCAUUAGCAAACAUAUUAGAUUGGAGCAAGUUCUCAAUUAUUGUUAAUGAAAGAGAUAUUCCACACCUAAAGAAGAUAUUGCUCUCGGUGCCUAGACGAACUUACCUCAACAUGUAUAAGAACUUAGGCAUCGUGAGAAGGCACUUCGCUUGGUAUAGUAGCCCAAAAGAAUAUGAUUCCUUCCAUAUGACAGUUUACCAACUUUGGCUCAGAAGGGGACUACAUCGAGUCGCUUGGUGAUAUCUACUAAGUCUAGCCGGUAUCUGACUUCAGCUUAGAUGACAUCUAGCCAAUGAGCUCAACUAAG